GUUCUAGCGCUUCUGUCGCAAGUAGUAAUCCUACUCGCUGAUGUGUUCCACCACUACAAGCGCAAGUUGUUUCGAACGAUCCGGCCUCGAGCAUACCUGAAGCAAGCGCUCGACCGGGCACCCAACUUUGCACAGUAUGAAGACGUAGCGGAGAGGCUAGACUACGAAGUCGGCAACGAUGUAUGGCGGCGCAAUCCAAUCAGUCGCAAGUACGAUCACCGAGUCAUUACUAGUCGCAUCACAAAACUGCGACGAGCACGCAGCGAGAAUGACUUGCCGGCACUGCUGUAUAUGCUUCGCUCUGGCUUGCUACGGAACUUGGCUAAUAUUGGCGAAAAGAAGCUCUACAACCGCUCGUACCUCGGUACUAAGCUACUCAUACAAGAAUACACCUCCGAGGUCAUGCAAUGUCUCGAAUAUGUUCGCCAACAGCAGACCUCAGAAAUUUUGACAACGGAGAAGAAGCUACAGUUCUUUCGCGAUACACGGCAGUCUUAUGGUCAGUCUGCGCUGAUCCUACAAGGCGGCGUGACCUUUGGCAUGUUUCAUCUUGGUGUCGUCAAGGCGCUCUGGGAGCAAGAAAUCUUGCCAAGCGUGCUUUGUGGGACUGGUGUCGGGGCUUUGGUUGCAGCUAUUGUAUGCAUGACACCUGAUUAUCAACUGCCAAAGCUGCUGUAUGAGGACUACAUUGAUUUCUCAGCCUACGAAACGCGAGUCGACGGAAGUGGUUCCUUCUUGCGACGCAUCAAGCGUUUCUGGCAUGAAGGCUACCUCUUGGACACAGAGGUCCUCGCCCAGCUCUGUCGCGAUAAUCUUGGUGAACUGACUUUUGAGGAAGCCUUUCAGAGGACAAAUAGAGUGCUCAACAUUACAGUGAGCUCGACUGCAAAGAGUCGAACGCCAGCAUUACUCAAUUACUUGACAACGCCACAUGUGCUCAUCUGGACAGCUGCACUUGCGAGCAAUUCUCUUCCGGGCCUUUUUGAACCAGUCUCGUUGCUCGGCAAGGACGAGACUGGACGGGUCGUUCCUUGGCAGCCGUUUAACGAGACCAAAUUCCACAUACACGCCACGACAGGCACACCCUACAAUCGCAUCAGUGAGCUUUUCAACGUCAACAACUUCAUCACCUCACAAGCUCGGCCAUACCUGGCGCCAUUCCUAUCAUCGCCUUUACAUAGACACGCGCGACGCGGUCUCUAUCUCAAGAUCAUCAGUGUCCUUGCCCUUGAGCUUUCACACCGCACAAAGCAGCUAGCAAACGCAGGACUCAUUCCACUUUCUGUUCUUUGGGCAAACCCAAGUAUCCAUGAUGCGGUCGAUACACAACAAUCUGAACUCACACUCGUGCCUGAACUUACAGCGGGCGAUUUUUCAAGACUCCUCAUGAGUCCUACGAAUGACGCUUUACGAUAUUGGCGCACAAAAGGUGAGCGUGCGACUUGGCCAGCCAUGGCGUGCUUGCGUGUGCGUUGUCUGAUUGAAAUGACACUCAAAGAAGGCUUUGAAGCGCUUCGA